AUGGCUCUCUUAAACCCUGCUUCUUUUGGCUUCCCUGCCUGCAGCAUUACCUAUGUCCACUUUGGAAACAUUUCCCCCAAAUCUUAUGAUCCUCUCCGCGCCUCUCUCUCUCAGAAUUAUACCGAGGAGUUUACUUGUACAGCAAUGCUCUCCCCGCUAUGUUUGGCUGCAUCUAAAGGAUUGACCGAGGUCGUUCGUUUCCUAGAGCGGUUUGACUCCACAGACAAACAUAAGGACUUAAAUCUUGCUUUAUUCCUGGCCAACCGUUCAGGGCAUUUAGAAACAUCUGCUUUACUUUUAGAGAAGAAAGCAAACCCACUACAGGCGUCCUCUGCUAAUGGCUUACAUGGUGCCGCCUGGAGAGGGCUAAAUGAGCAUAUACGCACUUAUACUAGAGAUGGUUAUGUAGAUCCUGAUAUUUUAGAUGGAUCAUCUGCAACACCAGUUAUAUAUGCCAUACUUGGGAUACAAGACGAACAAGGCGCAUGGGAGACGAUCAACUACCUCUUCAAUCUAGGAGCGAGACCAUGGAGAAGAUUUGGCAUUCAGCAAUUAAGUUAUUCUCAGAUUGCACGGCGAGAAAGGAAAAUGUUUCUAGCACGAAAGCUUGAGGAAUGGGAAACACGCCUCUCACCAACUAUUCUGAAUUCAAGCCGCGAAUCAAGCUGCAUGCCAGGGGAAGGCGAUGAUAUCCAGCCUGACAACGAGCAACCACACGAAGUUCUAGAGGCUGAAGGAGCACCCAAUGCGAUUGGCGAAGCAAGCCCCACCGGAGGGGAAGACAAUAGUGUCCCGCCUGACAACGAGGGACCACGAGAAGAUUCGGGAACUGACAGAGGAGCCGGUACGAGCUGCAACCCAAGUUGCCCGGCAGGGGUGGGGACUGAUGGUCAUAUUGAUAACAAACGGCCACGAGAAGAUUCAGAAGCUGCUAGAGAAACCAAGCGAGCACGUAUAGCGUAA